GAAACCAUUAUUCUUGACUCACAGGGCAGGCCAGGAUGGAGAGUCCAGCUCCCACAGAGGACUACGGCCUGACCACCGAAUACGACUAUGGUGACUCAACCCCAUGCCAUAAGGAUGCCGUGAGGGCCUUCGGGUCCCAGCUGCUGCCACCCUUGUACUCCCUGGUAUUCAUCAUCGGCGUGGUGGGCAACAUCCUGGUGGUCCUGGUCCUCAUGAAGUACAAGCGGCUCAGAAGCAUGACCAGCAUCUACCUGCUCAACCUGGCCCUCUCAGACCUGCUCUUCCUCUUCACACUUCCCUUCUGGAUUGACUACAAGGUCAGAGACACCUGGAUCUUCGGUGAUGGCAUGUGUAAGCUCCUGUCCGGCCUCUACUACAUGGGCUUGUAUGGUGAGAUCUUCUUCAUCAUCCUGCUCACCAUUGACAGGUACCUGGCCAUCGUCCAUGCCAUGUUCGCAAUUCAAGCCCGGACUGUCACCUUCGGCAUCAUCACCAGUGUCAUCACCUGGGCCCUGGCCAUCUUGGCUUCCAUCCCAGGCUUGUACUUUCCCAAGACCCAGUGGGAGGUCACUCACCACACCUGCAGCUUUUACUACCCCCACAAAAGCAUGAAGGCCUGGCAGCGCUUUCAGGCUCUGAAGCUGAAUGUGCUGGGGCUCAUUUUGCCGCUGUUGGUCAUGGUGUUCUGCUACACGGGUAUCAUCAAUGUUCUGCUCCAAAAGCCCAACGAAAAGAAGGCCAAAGCCGUCCGUCUGAUCUUUGUCAUCAUGAUCGUCUUCUUCCUCUUCUGGACCCCGUACAACCUGGCUGUGUUUGUUUCUGCUUUCCAGGAGCACAUGUUCACCAGAGAAUGCGAGCAGAGCAGAGAGCUGGACAUGGCCCUGCAGGUGACAGAGGUGAUCGCCUACACCCACUGCUGUGUCAACCCCAUCAUCUAUGUCUUCGUGGGUGAGAGGUUCCGGAAGUACCUGCGCCAGCUGUUCCAGAGGCAUGGGACCAUGCAGCUGGCCAAAUGUCUGCCCUUCCUCGCUGGAGAUCGGCUGGAGAGGGCCAGCUCUGUGACUCCGUCCACCAGUGAGCACGAGCUGUCUGGCGUGUUCUGACUCAGAACCCUGCAGGCCUCUGUGGGUUCCAGUGGGAGUGGCCUGACAGGGAGGCUGCCAGGGCAAGGAGAAGAUGCAAUGGAGCCAUCCCCACCAGAUUCCCUCACCCCGCACAGUGUGGAAACUUAGCCUCUGAGACAGAGGACACUGGAAGUUGGUCCCACUCAGCCACCUAGGCCUUCAAUUCUGCCAUGACUCUCCUUGGCAGAGAGGGACAAAUUGGUGACAUGGGACAUUCCAGCCUGACACUGUGGGCCCCAGGGAAUGGCCUGGGUCCAACCAGGAUGCCCAGGCUGCAAACGCUGGCAUUGGAAAAACCCUGUUGCAGCAGCCCCGAUGAACGUGGAAAUGGUGAUUUCAGGGUGACACCCCACUGAGUCCUAGAGCCAGCACGUGACCCAUAGCUGCCUCCCCCACCCACCCCAUCUUCUGGAAACUCGGAACAUAGAACUCAGGGUGGCCAGCCUGACUCCAGCCAGGAAAUGGGACCGGGGACAUGCUGUUGGCAGUGAAAAGGUAGAAAGGGAGCCAGGGAGACCCCUGCCUGGCAGGUGGGUGGAGAGCACUCUGUCCUGAAGCAGAGGAGGAGACGCCCUGAGCAGGAGGUAGCUCAUUCACCCAAGCUGUCCUUCAUGCCUCAGCCCCUACCAAGGACCCUGUUCACCAUUCUUUGUCUCCCCACUCAGAUGUAUAGUUCUUUAAAAAUCGUGUUCCUACUAACUAAAAUUGUUUCUAGAAAAGCCCAAAGACAACAAGAAGAAAGAAAACAACAUUGAAGCCAUCCGUAAUCUCACUACCCAGAUAAUCACUGUGCAUUUUAGAUGUGGUUUUUUUUUUUUGUUUUGUUUUGUUUUUGGUUUUUCUCCGGUACCGGGAACCGAACUCACUAGAUGUGUUUUUAUACAUUGUCCGUUCCGUGUGCAUUUGGAUUGGUACUGAGCUGCCUUUGCUGGUGCUCAUGGUUCUGGUGCUCUAUUUAAUGAGCAAUAUUUUGUGGUCCCUUUCGUUGGUGAAUAAAUUAUUUCAAAAUCAC